AUGUCCCCUCACAAAACCGACAAGUCCCUCGAUGUUCACGCUCACACCAGUGCAGAUGCCAUAGCCGAUGAGGAGAGUUACUCGGCUCAUAACUACGUGCCCCUCCCUGUCGUCUUUGCUCGUGCCCAGGGUGCUGGUAGAUUGACGCUCAGUUCUCGUGGCUUCUACAACGACGUCUUCCCACAGUGGGCGAAACUAGUCAACAGAGUCUUCAGUUAUGACAUGGUUCUCCCGAUGUGUACUGGAGCUGAAGCAGUCGAAACUGCAAUCAAGAUUGCCCGGAAGUGGGCAUACAAGGUCAAAGGUGUUGCACAGGAUGAAGCAUAUAUCUUUGGCACAUCCGAAAAUUUCCACGGGCGUACAGUAAUUGGUGCAUGCAACCCGACGACUCGCAAAGUCAUCCGGUACAACAACAUUAAUGACCUUAGGGACGUUCAUGAGGAAUACAGCCACCAGACGGCGGCAUUCAUCUGUGAGCCCAUACAAGGAGAAGCGGGAGUCGUCGUUCCCGACGAUGAGUAUCUGGUUCAGGUGUCAGCUCUCUGCAAGAAACAUAAUGUCCUUUUUAUCUGCUACGAAAUCCAGACAGGUAUUAAGCCAGAUCUUGUGACCCUGGGCAAGGCUCUUUCAGGAAGCAUGUAUCCAGUCAGCUGCGUCCUUGGUCAGGCCGAGGUCAUGUCAGUGAUCGAACCCGGAACUCAUGGAUCUACCUUUGGAGGUAAUCCUCUAGGUUGUGCUGAGGAGGACCUCAUUGCCAAAGCCGAUCAUUUGGGGCAAAUCUUCAGGGAGGAACUUCAAGCGAUGGACACAGACGUUUUCCGCAUCAUCCGUGGCAAGGGCUUACUUAAUGCCGUGGUCAUUGACGACAAAAAGACUAACGGCUGGACUGCCUGGGACUUGUGUCUGGCGAUGAGAGACAGGGGCCUUUUAGCUAAACCGACAAAGGGCGAUACAAUCCGUUUCGCGCCACCAUUAGUCAUCACCGAGAGUGAACUCCGCAAGGGCCUUUCAAUCAUCAGAGAGAGCAUCAAAGCGCUAAGUUAA